AUGAGAUCAGUACUACCAACGAGAUACUACUACUUCUUCUGGCUCGUUGAACCCCUUUUGACGAUAGCGGGCGGACUAUCAGCUAUCAUCAACCCUGAGGACUUCGGACGAAAUCAGCUACCGGAUGGGAUUGAGAGGCUCACAGUAGGGAUUGGUGGUAGCUCUAGGGGACAAAUGGUUAUAUCCCAGCUCGGAUCAUGCUUCAUUCUUCUAGCGAUGAUAUCACUUUCUCUCGUUUACUUAUUCAAGAAGCACCUGGAUGACAAGCCUGCUCUGCUGGAGAAGAUGAUGAAAGGGCUUUUAGUACCCCUUGCUAUUGCCGAUCUACUACACGUCUUCGUAACCCUUAUCCCAUUACCUAUAUCUCAUCUCAAAUCCCCAUCCGAAUGGACCUAUAUCAUCCACUGCACCGUCUGGAUCACCCUCUCGCUAUUCGUGACAAGAGCAUGUUGGCUACUUGGUAUUGGUAGACCAUCUGCAAGAUCGCUGGCUACCGCAUCACCACUCAGUAAAACGGGUCAAAGACCGAUUCCUCUGCCCAAAACGGAUUCUGAGCUCGUCAUAGAGCAAGUGGUACCCAAAGAUGGGGACAUUGAAGGUCCAAGAAGGAGAAAUACCCCUAGAAAAACACGUCUAGUGGAAUAA